AUGUCUAGUACGGUUCGUAAGUCGAAUAUCAAUAAAAUUUCUCAUUCAGUAGAUGAUUGUAAAGAAUCAAAAGGGAAUCUUCAAGAAAUACAGGAUUUAGAAAAUGGUAUGCCAAAUGGAAUUUCCAUUAAACUACAAGAAAAUUAUUUUUAUGAUGUGAAGGAUUUACAUUCACUUGAUCACAGUUCAGAUCAGUUAACAAAAGUAACAUCUACAUCUACAAGUUGUACAGAACUAAAUUCUUGUAAAGUUAGUGAACCUACAUACUGUAGUCGAUCAACACUAUUGGGCAGACAAAACAUUCCAUUAAAAGAACUUACUAAACCUUUAACUGUUGAAACAAAGUUAUGGUGUGAUAUUACUUCAGAAAAUCUAGAUACAGGUGACUCGGAAACACCUGUUACAAAUGACAUAUAUCCUACAAAUUCAUCGAUAACUUCAACUAAUGAAAUUUGUGGUACCGUUUUAGAUUCACGUCCCCAAACACGAGCACUUACUAGAGCAUCUUUAAAGCUAAAUUCACUUAGUUCAGUACAAGCAUCAACUGAAGAACGAAUUUCGACCACAAAAAUAUCAUCAGAUAAUGUACAAUCAAAUAAAUCAGUACUGAUGAAUCAUGAAUCCAGUGUAUAUAAUUCAGAUGUAUCAAACAAGUAUCGUUCACCUACAGAAAUUUCCCCAAUGACUACAGACUUAGCUGAAUCCAACAUUUCAAUUUCAUCCAGUGAUAUCGCUGGUUCAAAUCGAGGAUCAAAGUAUCCAACAAGAUCAUCAACUCGAAUGGAUACUCUAGCUUCUCAUAAUUUAGCUCACCUUCGUUCAAAUCCUGUUACUCUUCACAGUAAUGCGAGUCCUUCAAAAGUUAGUAGAAUCACUUCUUUUGAACAGACUUCUACGGUUCAUUCCACUUCUAAUGCUAAUACUAAUACUACAAAUAUUACUUCAACAUACUUAUCACCGUUUACGUAUGAUUACAUGAAAUUGAAGAAUUCACCAAGUUUAUAUCCUCCACCUUUAAGUGUGGAAGAACUGAAUAUCCUACUACAUAAAAUAGAUGAACAAAUAAAACUAUGCCUUAGUGCUUUGAUUGAAGAAGAAGAGAAACGUCGAUCUUAUCGUAUUGAUGAUGCUAGACGUAUACACAAUUAUGAACCGUUUAUACGAGCUUUUCUCACUGCCCUAGCUAGACAUGGAAUGUUAAAAGAUCAAGUAUUAUCUGCAAUGAAACUGAAACAUACCCCUGUUAUUAAUCACAAUCAUAUUUCAUCUAUACAAGUAUCAGACAGUUGUAAAAGUCAAAUAUUAACUCGAGUUAGUCAAUCUACAAGCAAUAAUAUUCGUGUCUCUCAUCACUAUAACGCUUUGAAAUAUCGCAAGCUACGAAGGAGAAGAAGAAUAAGAGAUUCUAUUAGGAAUUCAAGAUCGAGUUGUACCGGAAAGGAUACAGGUGUAGUCGAAUUAAAAUCUCCGUUAGGUGAAUCAACUGAUUUAACAUCAUCUUAUCGACCACCUGUGACUGAUGAAUCAUUGUCAUUUAUGAAUUCCUCUGGCUCUUGUAAUUUACAGAGUGUUUUGACUAACUCUACAACUACACUUCAAGCACCAGUUGUAUCUACACAAAGUAAAAACUCACGUGCAAUACGAAUCAAUGUAAAUCAGCAACAUAGUGACGAAACUGGUGAAUCUACUUUACAAUGCCCAUUACUUAUUUCAAAUAGUUUAUGUACAGAUAGUUGUCAAAAGUCAUCUGUAACUAUUGAUGAGAAUAGCAUAGUUGAGGGUAGUUUGGCUUCUUCAGCUGUGUCAUCAGUCACACUAGCAUCCUGCUCAUCAUGUGGUUCAUCUCCUCAAUCAUCCAAUUCAUCCCGGUCAACUAAUCUUCGAUCCAAUUCUUCAGGUGUAAAAUUAAGACAAAUUAAAUCAGAUGAUCGAGUCAAUACUAGACGUUCUUUACGACCGCGUGUCUCUCGUGAACAUGCUUUCACACAAGAUGCAAAUAAUUCAGCUGACUCUUUUAGUGUCACAUCAGAGGAUCCGGAUACAAACAAUAGUGGAAUUAAUUUAAGAGAUAGAACUACGAAGUCAUCUUCACGUACACAUAAUGCUGACUGUACUAAUUGCACUGUCACAGAAUCAUCUUCAUCCAGUUCCCAACGAUUUCGGAAACGACGUCUGCAUCGAUAGAAUUUAUGCAGUCAUUUAUAUUGAUC